AUGAGCUACGUAGGUAAAGUGGUGUUGGUUACUGGAGGCAGCGCUGGAAUAGGUGCUGAAAUAGCUGUACAUUUCGCUAGAGAAGGCGCCGACGUGGCUAUAGUUGGGAGAAAUGCUGAAAAUCUUCAUAAAGUUGCAGCCCGAUGCGCGAAAGUAGGCAAACUAGCUUUCGUAAUAAAAGCAGAUCUUUCACAGGAUGAAGACGUGAGAUUUAUUGUGAAGAAGACCGUGGAACAUUGCGACCGAUUGGAUAUCCUUGUUAAUAACGCAGCGAUACUGAAAUCGUCAUCCAUAUUUACUGAGGACUUAAUGGAAGCAAUUGAUGAUAUAUUCAAGGUGAAUCUACGUGCAGUUAUACAACUUACUCAAUUGGCUGUACCACACCUGACAAAGACCAAAGGAAACAUAAUCAACAUAUCAAGCAUAUUGGCUACAUCUACGCUAUCAUGUCCACAGUUUUUACCAUACAGCGUAAUGAAGGCUGGUUUAGAGCACUUUACCAGAUUUUCAGCAUUAGAACUUGCCCCAUCCGGGAUAAGAGUAAACGCCGUAUGUCCCGGACCGGUGAAAACGGAGAUUUUGAACAACGCGGGAAUCGAGCGACCCUGUGAGAAAUGGGAGAAACUAAGUCCCUUGAAAAGGAUCGCACAACCUGAAGAUGUAGCAGAAGUUGUUUUGUUCCUAGCGAAUGCUAAAAGCGUUACCGGUUCCUAUUAUGUUAUAGAUAAUGGACUUAAGAUCAGCUUUUAACCUUGAAUUGAUAUUUAAACAUAUUUCUAUCGAGAUCAGUACAGAAUUGAUUAAUAUUGUACAACGAUCAUACUAUUCCAAUAACAAUAUAUUUUUGGUCUGAGGUGAGGUGCAAAAUCUAAUUUAUUUUUCAUUUAAAUUGAUUUUUAAUAGUAAAAUCUGCAAGAGGUGAAAUUAUUUAAUCGUUCAAACUUUAUUUUUUUUGUAAAUUUAUAGUUAAUUUCCUUUAGAAGGGCCAGUUAAUUCUACUACUUGUAUACACACAAGCAAAACUAUAGUGUUAAAUCCUUCUGAGAAGUUAAAUUUCCUUUGGUUUAUAUACAUAUUACUGUUAAAAUGGUAAUAGAAAUAUAAUGGGUAAUACAAUUAAACUAUAUCACAUAUAUACGUAUUUUAUAUAAUCAAUACGUUACUUUAUAAUAUGCCCGACGAUCUUUGAAGAAGACAAAACGAAGGAAUGGAUUAUAGUAAUAGUAUUAGAGGUUAAAGUAUAAAAUUGCCGAUUUGUACUAAAAAAUUUAAAUUCGUUUUUUUUUUCAUUGAACAUAUUUAUUUAAUCAAAAUAUCUGCCAUUAUUAUCUAUACAUUGCUGCUGUCUAAUAUGAAGGUCAUUUAUGCCUUUACGAUAGAACUCUGGUGAUCUAGAUAUUACAAGCUGUGUGAAAGCAUUUUGUACUACCUCCUGUGAAGAAAACUUUUUAUCACGUAGAAAAUUGUCCAAACCACGAAAAAAUUGGUAGUCCGUCGGAGCAAGGUCUGGCGAAUACGGAGGGUGACGAAUGGUUUCUAAUUGCAGUUCCUGUAGAGUUAAAACGGUUUCUCGUGCCGUAUGAGGUACCUAUUGUGUUAUCAUGGCGCAAUAAUGGUGAAGAUCGAUUCAUGAGUCGGGGCUGUUUCCCUGCAAAUGUUGCUAUCAUUGUUCAGAUUUCGGCAUAGUAGACAUCUGCCGUUAAUGCUUGACCAGAUCGGAGACAGCUAUAGUGAAUAACACCAUGCUGAGAUCACCAAAAAGUUACCAUUACCUCUUUAUUGGAAAGCUUUGCUUUAGGACACUGUUGCGGCGUUUGACCUGGGGUCAGGCAUUGCGUUUUUCGCUUACAGUUAUCGCAAAGAAUCCAUUUUCAUCACAAGUCACAAUUCGAUCAUUCAUUCUGUAUCGAUUCAGCAAGGCAACACAAGUUUCAACUCGCGUUUCUUUCUGCAGAUCAGUCAAUUCAUGAGGCACCCAUUUUUCAUAUUUUUUUAUUCUAUUGAUUUGACGCAAAUGAGUCAAUAUUGUUGGUAAGGUAUAACGUUAAACCAUGCUACUAAGUGCAGACUCACAAGUGGUCCUACCACCAGUAAGGUUAGGGGAGUGACAUAUUCUACCUUUUAUCCCAAAAAAGAAUUUCAUUCCCACGAGAAAUUACAUUGACAUUUCUCGUUGACCACGUUGGCGUAGCCGCGGAUAACAGCUAAUUACAACUAUAAAUCUGCACGAUGAUUAGCGCGAGGAUUGAUCACAUCCAGGACGUACAGCAUCUUGUCCUCUAUUACAUAAUCUCUAUCUAUAUAGUGAAGGUAACGGUUCUCUUGGUGUUAAGUUGUUACUGAAGCCCAUAUGCAAUAGAACGUGAAUCCUUUCAUCCUUCAAACAGGGCUGCUUCGUGACAAAAUGGGAAGGCCAUUGCUUACCUAUAAACUUGAGCUGUCAACUAACGCCUAGACGAGUCCGUCGGCCGGGCGUCCUUGGAGAGCUGUACGUCUGAUUGUGUCGUCAUCAACCCAUAUCCCUCCACUGCUAGAUGUAGACCUCUCCAUUGUCCGCCACAAUUUAGUGUAGUAUCAUUUAGUGGGCCGGGCCCUAAAUUUUAGUUCUGAUAAAAACUAGUGGUAGGAGGUUUGUGAGUCCGCACGGGUAGAUACCACCACCUUAUCUAUUUCUGUCGUGAAGCAGUUCGGUUUGACGGGCGGGGCGGCCGUUGUACUGUAAAAACUGAGACCUUAGAACUUAUGUCUCGAGGUUGAUGGCGGUGGACGCAGUAGAAGGUUGGGCCCCCGGCCCAUAAAAAGGACGUAUGAUUGUAAUUAUUUGUUUAUUACGAUUAUAAUAUUAUACAUUUUCAGCGCAACAUCAGUGAGACAUUUCUGUAAAGAUAACGAUAGUCUAUAGUGAAUUUCAACAGAAUUAGUAUUUUUCUUUAAAUUUAAUAUCUAAAUUUCUUCUUUUCGUUGCUCAUAAUAGUAAUCAUGGAUAAGGCGGAGUAAAUUUUAUUAGCUUUAUUGUGUCGGUAAUAUUAUCUCUGCUCUUCUAGUUUGUUAGUUAGUUAGUAAUUGUUAUUUAGUUCACAUCAUCACACCAGCCAGUACUCGCAGGCAUGCUCAGCUACCAAUUCACGAGUACAACACGGACUAAAAUAUUUAAUUUCAUAAAAAUAUGUAUUGCGGUUUCAGAACUGUGCUCAAUUAUCUGAUUAACUACGUUUUUAGGGUUCUGUGAAGGUCACAUAUAGAUUACGAAACGUUUGAUUGCAAAAUUGAUAAGAUAGAUUAUUAAUUCAAUAGUAAUCCAUUAUCCGUUAUAUAAUUCGAGCCGGUUAUACUUUUCGCUUUCUCGCUGGCCAAAAAUAAGAUCAAAUCUGCCACUUCUUCUUUCUUGCCGACUUUCUUAAGGGGAAGUUGUCCUGGAUAAUUUUGUAGUGCUUCUGGAAUUCCAGCUGAUUCGAAAAUAUCUGUUUCCACAGGGCCAGGGCUCACUGUGUUAGCUCGGACGCCAUGAGCAGCAAGUACUAAAGCUAUGUCGUAAUAAUAAGGGGUUUCUUGCCCAAUUUAGAACAUUCCUCUUCGACUUCUUUGAGUUUUUCUUCAUUUCUUCCCACAAUUACUACAUCAGCCCCUUCUUUAGCGAACAAUAUCGCUGUGGCUGCUCCUAUUCCUCUACUGGCUCCGGUGAUUAAUACCACUUUAUUGUAGAAACUCAUUUUACGGACGUUCACUAUGUUUCACAACCAAACACUUACU